UGGCGGCUCCGCUGCCUUCAAGUUGUUGAGGCGCGGCUUGACGUUGUUGCGUUUCGCCCGCUUCGUCGGUAACACCGCCGAUUGUUUUGACUUUGUUGUUGUUGUUGUUGUUUAAGACUGACACUUGUAGCACCGAUUCUAAAGUAAGUAGCCAUGCGCCCUUCAACGAUAUCCGAAUUCUAACUCGUGCCGAGUGCGUCGCGCAUGGAGCAACAAUGAAUAUGGAAUUGGAAGCGCUGCAGAAAGAGGAGACGACGCUUUUAGAGCUGAGAAAGCUGUUCCAGGAUCAGCUGAACCGACUGAAGGUGGAGGAGCUGGCACUGAGAGCGACCAUUCGUGCCCAGCAGCAGGGGAGCGAGCCCCCUCAGCCCAGCGCCCUGCAGCUGCUGUGCGCCACCCAGGAGGAGACACGGAGAUGCGUAGACGACGCAGAUUCCUUGAACCGGAUGGCGCUGCAGCUGGACACCAUGCCUUUCGGGAACCAGUGCGAGCAGGAGAUGGAAGAGCAAGACGAGGAGGAAGAUGAGGAAGAAGAGGUUGUAGAAGAUGAUUACGAAGAUGAUGGAGAUGAGGACUAGUUUAUGUGUAAAUGUGAGUCCCCUGGUAAAACUUAACAGUCAACAGAUGCACAAGUACUGGGGAUGUUUUUCAGGGAAUAGUAUUAUAGGGCUCUCAACCCUUUCCCAGAAUCGAAAAUAAAAGGCCGUGCAGAAGGGCGUGUGGCACAGUUUGCCGUCAGCUAUUGUAGAGCACGGUUGCGUUGCAACAGUUCUCUGCGGUGAAUAUAAUGUCUUUAAAAACAACGGCGCUAGCCACUUGUACGUUUCCGUAAUUCAGAGUUGAACGGGAGCCACCCUGCAACUUGCAGACGUCUUUGAAUGGGAAAGGGUUAAGUGUUGAACAAAUGUUCACAGGUCUAAUAGUGAUGCAUUAACACACUAGGAGGUAUUUUGUAACAUUUAAUUUCCCUAAUAUAUUGAUUUUUAUAUUACUUUAUUGAAUAGGUGCAAUAAUGAGAAUGUCUCACAUCAAAGUAUAUGCACGGAACACAUUCAUGCAUAACAUUUCAAAUGUAAAGAUGUACAAUUAUUCUCCUGCAAAAUGUGCAUGAAUGGAAUAAUUAUGGGCACGUUGAACUUGUGUGUAUUGUACAAACUGUAAUAAAUGUAAGUAUUUCAAA